CUAAAAAGAACAAACCUAAAAAUAACGAUUUUCCGAAGAAAACCGGAAAAUCGUCUGAAAAGUGAAAUUCCCAGCACUAUUCUGCAUUGCGCAAUAGAGUUUAACUAAAAAAAAAAAAAACAGACAUGAUCAGCUUUAACAUCGUUCUGUUCGUUCUGACGGUGUUUCGUGCAAUCGUAUCAUCCUGUGAUUGUCAGUCCAAAUGUGUGAGAUUUAAAGACCAAGUAAACUUCACCUGUCACGGUGUACAGUACAAAAAGGUUUCUCGUGUUUUAUCCAAUAUAUAUAGUUAUACGACAGGUGACGCAAGUCAAAUUCCAAAGUGCGCGUGCUCGUUUGUGCUUGUUCUUUCACAACCUAUCACAAGUGCGUAAAAUCCUAAAGUCAUGCCGCCUUUGACGAAUUUGCCGCCGAUAACGAGGCUGUCCAACAAGAUCAUUCGGAUUCUAGGAUGCAAUCCUGGACCGAUGACUCUGCAAGGCACCAAUACUUACCUCAUUGGUACUGGGCGCAGACGUCUGCUGAUCGACUCCGGGGAAGCGAAAACAGGCGAGCUCUACACGAAGCUGCUGAACAAUGUAUUGUGCGAAGAAAACGCGACCAUCGCACACAUGCUGAUCACCCAUUGGCACUCUGACCACAUCGGCGGUGUGGAGUCCGUGCGUGGCUUGCUGAAGAAACUAUUUCCUGAAGACGAGCAACCCAUCGUGUGGAAAUUGCCACGUGCAUUACACGAUAAUGAGAAAUCGGAAAACGAGAUGUCUGUCCAGUGGCAGCCGCUCAAGGAUGAACAGGUCGUAGAGAUCGAAGGAGCGAAGCUUCAGGUGAAGUACACACCCGGGCACACGAGCGAUCAUGUCUGCCUGCUACUACAAGAUGAGAACGCCCUGUUCAGCGGUGAUUGCAUCCUCGGUGAGGGCACAACUGUCUUCGAGGACUUGCACGAGUACAUGCUGUCGUUGAAGAAGAUCCUGAAAAUGGAACCAAAGACGAUUUAUCCGGGUCACGGACCAGUCCUGGAUGAUCCUCUGCCGCAUAUACAUUAUUACAUCCAGCACAGGCAGCAGAGGGAAGCAGAGAUAUUACAUACGCUGGAGCAGCAAGAGGACAACCAGCUCUUGACGGAUAUAGAUAUCGUCAAGCGGAUAUACAAGGGUACUUCUGAGGAUCUGUUGUUAGCCGCGUCGUAUACCGUGAGGCACCACCUCAGUAAGCUGCAAAAAGAGGGGAAAGUAUACCAGAACGAAGAUAGUGGUUGGCAUGUAGUUAAAGGUAAACUAUGAAUCUUCCUUAGGUCCUUUGAAGCGGAAGGAAAUGUAACACUAGCUGAAUUGUAAGCUAUUAGGAACAAAAGUGAAGGUAACAUUGGAGAGGGAUGAGAAGUAUUUGCAAUAGGGGUAACCUUGGGGGCACGAGGUCCAAUUAACACGUAGAUCGCUGUGAAACAUUUAUUAUUCAACUCACAGGGGGGUAAAUACAUCGUUACGAAUUUCUGUCAAAGUUAGGCUGAUAACUGUUAUUAUUGAUGUGCGUACAGCGAGAACAGUACAUGUUGACGACAAUUCACGGAGUACAUAUCGCAAGAGUGGUACACAAAUUAUCUUUCAUGUCUAGGCGGUUUCAUUAGUCAUCGCGUGCGACUACGAGGCACAUCACAA